AUCUAACCCCAAAUAUCAAAUUAAAAUGAACGCUUUUUGUGGUUCUGUCGACAUCAGGCGUUUUCAAAAUCAAAGUAUAUUAUUCGGAUUACUCAAUCUUGGUCUUACUCAUAAAACACAUAAAAAGCGAAAAUUCGCAUAUUUGGCCUCUGAUGUCAGUCUAUGUAGAAGUUGGUUGAAAGUAGCUGAACCUAGGACCGACAGGCAGUCGUACAUUUCUUACAAACAUCAUAGGUGUAGAACAGAUUGCUGAUAAUUGAAAAAGGAGUUGACAUGAUUUUAAAAGUUGUUCAGGAACGCCUUAAGCUCUUCCUUAUUUCCUAUUCAUGCUUUCAUGUUGUGAAACCAAUAUUAGCCUACUUCUGUGUCAAUUAUCUCCUAAUAAACCAAGUUAAACUGAAAUUUUCAUUCUCCUUUGAAACAAUUACUUCAAUACCGAGCAUACAGUGCAUUUGAAGUAUGCCUACAGCGUCAAAAAUAAAUGAAUGAAUAAAUGAAAAAUAAAUCAACAAAUUCUUAAAACUAAAGAAUUAAUUGAGAACCUACUUUCGGCCAAAUAAUUUUCUUUAUUUCCUUUCUCCUUCCUUUGAUUCCCCUCACAUACCAUGGAAAUUAUUUGCCAUUUUUUGGCUAGGGUUUUGUUAGUAAGUUCGCUCAAGUUCGUAUAGCUGAUAGACAUCGCCGUGAAGUAAAAUAGAUAAAGUGUAAAUUUGCCUCUCAAACGUUCCGUAAUUCCCUUUUUCAAAGCUUUUCCAAGCAUUGAGUUUCAAGUUCUCAAUCUUCACAGACGGCGACUGGAAUGUGCUGUCUGAUAAACCAACAUGAAUUUCGGCGAUGCAAAUUUAAUCAAUUUUAUACAAAAUUGGCGCACGGCUGGCCAAAGUGACAAUUUAGGUUAGACCACAUAUAGAUAUGUUCACUUUGACCCCGACCCCAAGUGUUUUUACAGGUCUUUAGCAAGUUCUAGCGUCGGCAGUUUGUCACGAAACAUGCUUCAUGUUCACACAACUGAUCAUAAAUGUUCCUCCAAUCUCUUCUAGUUUGAUCAUAUGUUUGCUUUAAAGGUGUUUCCGAAGCUACAAUUCGGCGUAUAAGCCAGAUUUGGAAAACAUAUAUGCAAACCAAGAGACAACACAUGAUAUAGCAGCGGAAAUAUUGGUAUAUGAAGCUGUCUUCGAAUUCUGUAUUAGUUUACGGGUAAAGUUAUUUACGUCUCUCUCGUGACAUAGGAUACAAUUUGGCUUCAGUGUGGUUUUGUUUCUUAUUUCCUCUUUAACCGGGGGAGCUCUAACUCAUGUCGAAAACAGAUAUCAUCACGUGCAGGACAGAAUCUGCAGCUGUUUUCAUUUAUCGCAGAUAAACUUUCUCAAAUCAACAGAGCGAGUAUACGACUGUUAAUCCGGGCGGCCAUUGUCCUGAGUAGAAUCCACAGUAUAAUUAAAUCGUAGAAAACUCUUCAUAUGCAUGAUUCAUGCUACGUCAUCCGCGUCGUUUAGUAACAUAUGAAAAUGCAUAAGAUUACUGUCAUAAUACCAGCAGUACCAAGCAGAAGUGAUCACAGACGUACCCUGUAAACAUACGAACUUCAGCAACAAUGCAUGGAACAAGAGCAACCCAGCUUAUUCUGUUGGCAGGAGUGCUUACCAUGAAGACACGGGCAAAAGAUGGAGUGCGUUUGGUCCAGGGACGCACUGCAAGAGAUGGCCGAGUUGAAGUACAUCAUUCAGGCGCCUGGGGUGCAGUGUGUGGCAAACAUUGGGACUUGGUGGAUGCUACUGUUCUUUGCCGACUGUUGGGCUACAACGAAGCCUUAGCAUAUGACCAAAAUAUUACAUUCAAACAGAAUAAUAAUACUGUGUGGCUCACCGACGUACAGUGCGCUGGAAAUGAGAGUUCUCUUCUUCAUUGUCCCCACUCUGGCUGGGGAAAAUACACUUGUAAUGAAGGUCAGGCAGCUGGAGUUACGUGUUCUGAUAGAGGCUGGGGUAUCUCCUUAGCAAUACCAAAAUUUGUUUCAAGCACCCUGGACUCUGUUACAGUACAGUGCAGCAUUCCUGACGUAACAGAUAUAACUUACACAGUACAAAUAUGGUCAAACACAACUAACAAAUGGCAUGAUACCGAAUGCGAACAAAGCACUGUAGCUGGGUCGUGUGUAGUCAGGUUACCCAAGGCCAUAAUAACUCUUACUAGUCUGAGCCCUGGUCACAUAUACUACCUACGACUUGUUUCUCCUUAUCUGGUGUAUAGUCAAGUAUCGGAGUCAUUGGUUACGAAAGAAUUAGGUUAUCCGAGUGUACCAUGGUUUGUCGCAAGUUCCAGCAGAUCUAUCACUUUAGCUUGGGAGCCAACUCCUACUGAGUUCACAAACUACUCAGUGGAAGCAAAAUGCUGCGGAGAAACUACGUGGAGAGCGGUGGACUGUGUGGAAAAAUUGUUUGAUAAAGGAUGUACUGUUAGUAAUAACACAGCAACUGUUAUUGCUCUCAAGGAAGGUCAGGAUUAUUAUUUCAGGGUGUUGGCGCUUUACAAGAGUUGGAAAAGCACACCGAGUGCAUCAAGUGAAGCAAUGAGGAUAAAGUCAAAUGAUAAUUUGCAGAGAAUUUGGGUUGGUUCCAUUACACAGGAAUGUGUAGCUUUGAAAAUAGGUGAUAACAUAACUUUGUUUUGUCACGUUUCCGAUGACGAGCCUACCUAUUACAAAUGGACGAAAGGGCAAUCUAUUCUUAAUAGCAGUGGAGAUGGAGCUCUUAAUGUAUUCGUUUCUUCACUUGCUGACUUUGGAAUAUAUACGUGUCAGGCAACGACAUCAGACGAUGUAGUGCAGUACGAUAUCGCUAUCUGUCAGAAAAUGGUUUCGAAAGAAGCGGCUACUAAAGAAACUAAAAACAGAACACUGAUAGCCAUAAUCACCACUUGUUUUAUCUGCUUUGGAAUAUUUAUAAUUGUUCUGAUACUCUUAAAAAUGGCACAGAUAUAUCGACGACGGAAAAAACAGUUAAAGGAAACAAACCGCGAGGAGAUGACCAUGCUGAGUCACCGACAAAAAUCAGUUAGAAAUAACAAUGAAGCUGAUGAGUUCGACCUGAAUAGCUGAGCUCUCGCAAGUUAUCAAUGUAAAUAUGUUAACCACAGUCGAUUAGUAGAAUUCUUGCCUUUUCUACGCUGCUGAAAAGUAGACAGUGUUGGUCGUAGAUUUCAUACUUAAUCGGUAUUAUUUCGCCAGCACUUUGAGUUUAAUGGAGGAGCCAAUGAUACUCAAGCCUGUGCUAAGCUAGCGUUUGGUGCAAACGGGCGAAAAAGCUGGUGCGCGAAUAACAAAGGAAAAAGUGCGUCUAGCAGCAAUUCUCCUAAAAUCCCAGGCGCUGUUUGUCACUUGCCCUCUCUUUCGUUCGGCCGGAUAAUAGGUUAGUGGGACUCACAUAAUUUUGUCGGGUGCUAGUUGUCCCCUUUCACCUGGCGAGCAAAAUUGAUAUAAUUAUAUUAAUUACUGUGUACGUGCAUAUUUCACCUCCUUACCUGAAUAGAACAAGCGUUUCUUCUAUUCUCAGUCAAAUACGUUAUUACCAUAGUGUUCUUUAACCCACAUAGGCUUAAAAGUUAUCAGGAACGUACAGGAAACUGAUAACUACACUGAUUUUGCCACGGAGAGGCAAUGCUCCACCACUAAGAAAUUAAAAAUUAUUUUUAAAACGCU